CCUACAGCAGCAGCAUACUGUAGGUCUACAUAACAGUGGGUACAUGACUGUCUGCGCAUCGAAGGGAAUACAGAAUAAAACAUAUAUUCUUGCAAAAUGUCUCGAGCGGCAGACAGACUGAAAGUGGUCGUGAAUCAUCUGGAUCGACCAUCUUCUUUUGUUCAAGCAUCUACCUCUGGCCAAAACGUUACCUACUAUCAACCACAAGCACUGAGGUAUUCCUUUGACAAUGAUCUGCUGAGCACUGAGCAGAGAAUCUCCUAUGAGGAGGAUGGGUUCCUCCUUAUCAAGGGCCUGGUGUCUGGGGAGGACAUUGACAGAUUCAGGGCAGCGUUUGAGCGGAUAUGCCGUCGGGAGGUGCAGGUCCCGGGGCUGGUGGUGAUGAGGGACGUGUCCAUCGCCAAGUCAGAGUUCGUCCCUGACCAGAAGGCCAUCUCCAAGCUGCAGGACUUCCAGGAAGAGCCUGAGUUAUUCCGCUACUGUAGCCUGCCUCAGAUCCUGAAUUAUGUGGAGUGUUUCACUGGUCCCAACAUCAUGGCCAUGCACACCAUGCUGAUCAACAAGCCCCCAGACACAGGUAAUAAGACAUCUCGCCACCCCAUGCACCAGGACCUGCAUUAUUUUCCAUUCCGUCCGGCGGACCAUAUUGUGUGUUCCUGGACCGCCAUGGAGAAGGUUCACCGCCAGAACGGCUGUCUGGUGGUCCUUCCUGGUUCUCACCACGGCACCCUCAAAGAACACGACUACCCAGAGUGGGAGGGCGGGGUCAAUAAGAUGUACCACGGUAUCCGUGACCACGACCCCAAUCAUCCCAGGGUGCACCUGGAGAUGGAGAAAGGAGACACAGUGUUCUUCCACCCUCUAUUGAUCCAUGGAUCUGGAAUGAACCAGACGCAGGGCUUCCGCAAGGCCAUCUCCUGCCACUAUGCCAGUGCUGACUCCUAUUACAUUGACGUGAGGGGAACCACCCAGGAGAACAUAGGCCAGGAGGUGAAAGAGAUCGCAGCCAGGAAAUAUGCUGUUAAUGACGUCACAUUUGAGGAUACAUGGGCUGUACGGGGCCGUCUGGUGCAAGGGGAGAGGACCAAUCUGUGAGAGAGCCCGCCCACCACAGUGUGACGGUCACUCACCACUAACAACCUGCCAAUCAAAGGAGAUUGAAAAGGUUGUCUAAUCCACCAGCCAAUAAGAUGAGACUCAUUGACUGGAGUAAUUUAUUCGUUGGUCAAGAGUGAGUGUCCAAGAGUCCAUUCAGGGCUGUUUGCCGGGUGUGUUUAACAUAUUUGAUUUGAUUUUGAUCUCUUUUAGUCCCCAUUUGGACUAAUCUUCCAAGUCCUUAAACAUUAAAAUACAAUUUAUAAUACGAACACAUUUUCACAUAUUACACACAUUUACAAAUAUACAUAAUAUACUAACAUAAUGACCCAAUAAAUACUCAAUAUAAAAAAUAUUGAUUCUUCAUCUACUAUAGUCCCACAAUAUUUAUAUGUAUUAUAUUUAAAUCAUUUAAAAAUAAUUUAAAUAGUUUACAUUUAUAUAUUAGAUUAGUUAUUUGAGACGACCAUGAUAAGCAGUUGUCUAGCUGCACUCCCAAUAGUUUGGUUUCUGCGACUUCUUCAAUUUGUACUCCUCCCAUACUUAAUUGUAUCCCAUGCUGUUUUGGCCUUUUCCUAGUGGAAUAGACCAACAUAACUUUGUUUUUCUGGUGUUUAAAACAAGUUUGUUUUGGAAAACCCACUCCCUGAUAUUCUCCAAAUCUCCUUGUAAAGCUUGCUGCAUAAAUUGUAGUAUCGUCUGCAAAUAUAGUAGCUUGAGUUUCAGCUAAGGCAUAGGGAAGGUUGUUGGUAUAUAUUAAAUAGAGAAGUGGCCCAAGGCAGCUGCCCUGCGGUAUUCCACAGUUAAACACAUGAGGGGAAGAAAAUGAACCAUUGAUAUAGGUGGACUGUUUCCUGUCAGUUAGAUAUGACUGUAUAUUAUAUAUAAUAUAUAUAUUAAACUAAAGGGAUGUUAAUUGCACAGUUAAGCAUUGAUUGAAGUGACCAUCUUCUGCCUGACAAUAAAGCACUGACUGUGUGGUGGACUGGAGUGAGAGGAGCAGAGGUAGAAUGUGUGAGAGAGAGAGAGCGUGAUAGACUAGGAGAAAGAGAGUGUGUACGAGAGGUGAGUGGAUGAAGGUGAAUAGGAGGUUAUUUCUGUUAUGAAUAUGAGCAUGUUUUAGUACACUUUGGAAACCAGGUACUCAGGGUGUCGCUUUGUAGACCAGUCUGCCAUGAAAUACCAGUAACCUUGAUGCCUCAAUAUAACAGAAUCCUAGGUGUAUUUUACAUCACCGCCUUAACAAUCAAAUCUAUGCUGCUUUUAAUGAGUUUGUAAUGAGUACUUUGUUUGUGAAUUAGUUUAUGUGAUUUCCUUUCAUUAUUGUUGAUGUAACUGACAAUAAACGGACUCAGAAUCAA